AGAAGAAAAAGAAGCUGGUCCUUGUGGAGAACGAGGAAGUACAGGUAAAUAAUGACACGGACGGCCGAGCCGGUUAGGUAGCACGUUUCAGUUGAACAUUUUCAAACCAACUAACGUCAGGGGCAGCGCCCUAAUGGCGGAGUUCGGUGUGAACAACGGUCGCGAAGCUGAAGAACAUGAAGUGACACACAGCAGAAAUGCCCGUGAGCGUGUGUGCGGGACCGGAGACCCCGCGGUGACAGUCCCCCGGGAGCUGUGGCCGUCAAAUCACCACCAGAGGAAAAAGUUAGUCCUUCACAUCGACCUCAACAACACCAUACUGGUGUCGGACACCGUGAUAGCUCAGGGGAUAGAAGCUGCUCUGGACCAUUUCCUCUCGACUGUCACCUGGGGAAAGAUUAGCAAAAAAGGAAAGUGGGAAUGGCUGAGUGACUCGACCUCUCUGCUCCCGCCGUGCGAUGAUGCAGUUAGUUACCACUCCCAUUUCGGAAAGAUAGCAGGUUUCACCUCCGUUGCAGGGAGACGUUUCCGCGGGAUUCUGGAUGAACAUCUGGAGCUGCUCCGCUGGCCCGAGGGCACCAAGGGAGACAGAGAGCUGUGUGUAAAAGGAGAGGGUGGACAACUGUACCACUGGAUCCUCCCCUCCUUCUUCCAGCUGCUCAAAGACCUGGUGCAGGAAGGAAGGGAGUUUGCCGUCGUUUUCCGUUCGUUUGGAAGCGACCUACCUCGUGUGCUGAGCGCUGUCUCCAGAGCGCUGAAUGAAGGGGCUCAUCCGCUGUUCCCCGAUCUGCCCCAUCUUAAGUUAAAUGUGAACACGACUCCAGGCAAGAUCCGCUGCAGCAGGAGGGGAAUCGUCGUGAGCCGUGCCAAGGAAAGCAUUUCCUCUCGUGAUGGAGAAAGAGGCCUGUACCAGUACUUCAGCUCAGUCCAGGGCCUGGGGGGCUUUCAGGACCACUACGACUGGUGGGCAAGUAACACCUUCUCCAUCCGUGGGGGGAAGCCGUUGUGGGUCGACCCCUUUGACCAACACGUUCAGCACAUCUUCAUAGACGACCACAUACGGCAGGACGACGAGCAUACCAUCGUUCAUCCCAAGGUUUUCCUGGGCCCAGGUGGCACUGACACUCGUACAGCCUGCACCGCUGAGCUUUAUGACAUCACACUGGUUCAGACCGACCUCCUUCGGGCCAUUUCUCACCCAAGCUACUUCACUCAGCGCGUCCACAUCUGUCUGGAAAACUACGAGAGGAAUCUCCAGCAGGGGGCAGGCUAGAACACGGCUCAACUGUAUGUCUGUCUCUAGGACAACCUCCAGUUUAGGGUUCCGUUAACCCAGACACUAGGGCACAGACUGGGGAUGCAGAUGCGCUAGACUGUAGGUAUGGCUAUUAAACACAAAGCUUGGUGGCUUACUGAAGAACGGGAGUUCAUCAAACCAUGAAUGGAAGAGGUUUACAUACAGGUUAGGGUUAAAGGAAUAAAUAUGCAGAUAAGGAAAGAUCACAGUUACUGAAGAUGGCAGCUAGAUAAGUAGGAAUUAAAUUCAACCUUUGUAGUGCCGUGCACACUUUAUCUACUCCAGGAGAGAGGUGAAAGGAUGUCAGCUUAUACAGAGAUCAAUUCCCAAAUAGAUUGUACUGUCUGCUGUCCUAAGGUGAUCCGCCACAAAAGAUUAAGCACUAAAGUGGCCAGGCAAGACUCCUUGGUCGCAUCGAAGGCUGUUACUGAUCACGCCACUGGAUAAUUGCCCUGACUCUCGGAAAUUUGUGUCGCACAGCAUAAUUGGGGUCAGAUACGGUGAUAAAACCCUUCAAGUGUUGCGUCAUUUGUCUAGCGAGUAGAAUUCCCCGGGGUUUUGCUCCUUCGUUUGUUAUCCUCAUGGUGUGACACUCAUUUAGCUUCUCCCAGAGAACGUUUUAACUUCCAUUGUUAAACAUUGUCGGCAUUGUUUACAUUCACUCACAACUGAAAGGUCAUACUUGAAUAUGUGCAGAUAGCUAAUACCUCAAAACAUAAUAUACUCUAUACACUUUAUGAAGGCAUUGCAUUAGAGAAUGACUUACAUGACACAUGCGCGCGCACACACACACACACACACACACACACACACACACUACCAGAUAAAGGUUUGUGUGUGUGUGUAUGUGUAUAUAUAUAUAUAUAUAUAUAAUGAAAUAUCUGAGAUGUAUAAUUAGGUUGAACAUACUGUAGCUUUGGGAUGUGUUUGUAUUACUUGAAAGUAAAGUGAGUGACACAUUGAAUAUAUAUAUAAUAAGUUAAAUAAUUUAAGGUUAGGAUUUAUUUAAUUUAAUUUUGUUUGAGCUUUCAGGGAGAUUUUUAAUUCCUAUAUUUUUUUUAGGCCAAAACUUAGAGAGACAGCUGAAUGCAAACCAUAUCAAUAAUGUAAAGGAAAAAUAGUAAAAUGCUGCAUUAUAAUAUUUAUUAUAUUAACAGUGGAGUGAUGACACCAGUGCUGAACCAUUUCACUAUAUAUCGAGCACUGUUGCAAAGACAAAGCUGGGACCCGGGAGCUUUGUUGGUCGUUAAAAUAAUACAGGCUCAGAGUUUCAGUGUGCAAAACACAAAAUGAAAACACCUCUAUCAAAUUAUGUCAUACAUCUCACAGUAGGUUUAUCAGAUCAUCACAACAUUGACUAUGUUAAUCUCAGAAUUACAAUUUAUGUGUUUUAAAGCUUUAAUACGUAGCUUGGUGAUAUUAAUGAACGUCCAUUACAUUCAAGCCAUUGCCAAACGAGUUGCUACAAAGCUAAUUAAGACUCUCAGCUCCACACAACUCUCUCUGUAUUUCUCAGUAUGGCUGUGUUCAGAAGAUUGUGGCAUCCGGUGACUUGCCCGUGCAGAAUGUGAAGAAAGCAUGAAGAUAAUCACCUUUUCUGAAGAGUCCAUCAUGUUUUUUUUAAUGUACUUAUCCAUAGUCCGUGUAUUACAUGGCAGUAGGCUCGGAGAAGCAGGCAGGAGUCCCGGCACAGAAGCUAAGCAAUUGACUGCUGUGGAUGAGUUAAGCAGCUAAACACAUUUUUGCCACCUAAA